AUGGAUGCUCUCUGCAACGUUCACGUCAAGCUGUUGGCUUGCGAUUUGGUGGCGCUUUCUCCCAACGCGGCGGAACAGUCGGCGGUCUCUCGCGUAGGAUGGACGCCCUGCCGUGCGGAGUCAGUCGGAGUAGUUGUGCUGCGGGAUCUGAAGCCUGGGAAAUUUCUGAGAUUUGUCGUCGACGAUGGUACAGGUUGCGUUCCUUGCGUUCUCUGGCUGAAUCAACUCACUUCUCCCUACUUCCUGAAGCGCAAUCCGUCGGGCGUUCGAUUGGCGGCUGAAGUGUCGCGGAAGAUGGCUUCGCAAGUACAGUUGGGGGUCGUUGCGAGGGUGCGGGGUAGAGUUACUGGUUACAGAGGGAAGGUUCAGAUCACUGUUUCUGAUGUUGUUCUGGAGGGUGAUCCUAAUGCGCAGGUUUUGCAUUGGUUGGAUUGUAUUAGGUUGGGUAGGAAAUGUUACGGCAAGCUUUGCCGGAAAGGUGUUUGA